CCCGUCCCGUCCCGGGGCCUCCUCCCGGCUGGCACAGCAGGGAAGGAAAGGAGAACAUCCAUGGGGUUCCAACCCUCCCUGUCACCCCUGUCACCGCAGACCUCGCCGUGCUGGGAUGGCCCCGGAUGCCUGAGCCCCCCUGGCCCCUCCCCAGCCAUGGAGACCGUGGUCAUCGUGGCCAUCGGGGUGCUGGCCACCAUCUUCCUGGCGUCCUUCGUGGCGCUGGUGGUGGUGUGCAGGCAGAGGUACUGCCACCCCAAGGACCUGCGCCACCACUACGACACCAAACCCAUCGUGGACCUGAUGGGGACCUCGGAGACGCCGUCAGAGCCCUCGGAGCUGGAGCUGGACGACGUGGUCAUCACCAACCCCCACAUCGAGGCCAUCCUGGAGAACGAGGACUGGGUCGAGGACGCCUCGGGUCUGGUGUCCCACUGCAUCGCCAUCCUGAAGAUCUGUCACACGCUGACAGAGAAGCUGGUGGCCAUGACCAUGGGCUCGGGUGGCCGCGUGAAGUCCCCUGCCAGCCUGGGUGACAUCAUCGUGGUGGCCAAGCGCAUCAGCCCCAGGGUGGACGACGUGGUGAGAUCCAUGUACCCACCGCUGGACCCCAAACUGCUGGACGCCAGGUGACACCAGCAGGAGGGGCAGGGGCAUUCCUGGGGCUGGGGAGACACCCUGGGUGGUAACACAG